GAAAUAGAUCGGUUUUUUCAAAGCUAGAAAACGACCCAAUGACAACAAUGCGGCAUCUAUAAAUUAUAGAUACAUUGAGUAUCAAUAUUUGCACAGUGGUUCCCUUCUAAUUUUAUCUAGGGACCAACCUAUAAAGUUCCCAAAAAUCGGGAAAUAAUCUUAUGAUUCUUCCACCAUCCAUCUGAAACAAACGCGUGUCAAUAAUAAAAUCUUGUGAUAAUGGAGAUGUUUCGUCAAAUUCUCCUACUUCUAAUACUUCCGACAAUAUCUUACGGAGAACCGAACUUCGAAGAUCUAGUUUUGCAAAAGUGUGCUUUGACAGAAUACAAGAAAUUCAUCGAAUGUGUUGAAGAUCUGAUAUCAACUAACAGAAAGCAGCCAACACCAAAGUCACAAUCCUGUAAACUUUGUGAUUGUGAUCGAUGUAAGAGAGAGGAUUAUGGAGGAUUUUCGGAAAACAACUGUUGCAGAGGCUGCUGUCCGUUCAAACCAUGUGACACCCGGCAUUGCUGUUUCAAAACUUGUCAUUCUGGAUGUGAAACAGCGGCUUGCAGAUAUUCAUGCAGGCAUUCUUGUUUCAGCUACGUUGAAAAAGAAAAUAGUAUCAACAAAUCCGAUAGUUCCAGGAUGUAUGAAGAAGAUGCGCUAAAUAUAACAACAAAAGUCAAUAUAAACAAUGUUAUCAAUAACACCAACAGCUUUGAAAUUCCUGUCAGGCUGAAUUCGAACAAUAGGAAUGAAAUAAUUGUAGACAAUGAGAAUAACCAUGAAAAUGUGUUGAUGAUUCGAGAUUCAACAUGUUGCGAAAAAUCUAAAUGUGAACCAAGACGAAAAUUUCCUUUUCUGAAAUGUAAUUUUAAUACCAACUUGCAAGGUGAAAAUUCAUCCAUCAAAAAUACAUAUAAAUCCCCUAUAGUGAUGCUUUGUGGAAACUCAGAUAAUUGCAGCAUCAUCUUGGAUACUCUGUCAGAUGUUGGUAUAAAUCAAACAAAUUUAACCAUGAGGAACAAUGAAUCAUUGCCACUAAAAGCACCGAUAUAUUCUUCCUUUACUUGGUCUCAUCCCAUGCAGAGUUUCGUUCCUCCAGUCUAUACUAAUCCUUUUCCAAAUUAUUAUUCAUUAUAUUCGAGAAAUCCAUACUAUUACCCCUAUCAGUUUUAUUCGCCAAAUUCCUUCUCAACUAACGUUCCAAUGUUCGUCAAAGUUCAAAAUUCACCCGCAAGUUAUACUCCAUAUCAAAAUUCAUAUAUGCGACAACCUUACACAACUUUUCCCAUAAAUUACCAAUUUCCUUUUGUGCCAUAUCGAUCUACUCAAAUACCCUUCCAACCACAUGAAAAUUAUCCAAUGAGUUGGACGGAUUUUGGGAGGAAUUUCGAUUAUUCGAUGAGCCAACAAUUCGUUCCAUUCAAAAAUUGAAACGCUCAAUCAUGCAAGAAUAAAAUGAAUAACUUAUUUCCACUACAAUAUGUAGUUUUUGAAAGAAGUAUUGUAUUAGAAAAUAAACAUUC